AUGUCUCUGCAACCUAUGCAGCCUGAAGAUAAAGGUUUGACCAUAAUUACCAGCAAAGAAGGGAUACACAUCCCUCAACUCCACAGCACCAUGAAGGUCUCUGCAGCUGCUCUGGUCGCUCUCCUCCUCGUGGCAUCCUGCUCCCCAUCUGAGGCCCAUCUCGAUGGUGUCCCCACCACGUGCUGCUUCACCUACCACCAACGCCACAUCCCACGGCGCCUCAUCACCUCUGUCUAUACCACCAGCAGCAGCUGCAGCUAGCCAGGAGUGAUCAUGGUCACCAAGAAGAAGGAGCUGUGCACAGAUCCCCGGGAGGCCUGGCUGCAGGCAUAUCUGCAGCACUUCCAGAGCCUGAAGAACUGAUCCUUCCCUGCUGCCACCCUGGUGCUUCCCCAGCCCCGUGUACACAGGAGAAGCAGUUGGACUGCAGCCUUCCUCAGUGGUAAAGCUUAUUCUAUUUAACUUAUUUAAACAAAGUAUUUUUUGCUAAAAAAGGGGGAAAAUCCCCAAAAAUAAAUUAUAUCAAAGUCCUAAUUUAACUGAAAAUAAUUUAAUUAUAUCAAUUUGCUUGUUAAUGAAGAGUCAGGAGUUUCAAUGCCUGAAUAAAGUGUUUGCGUUAUCAA